AAACAGUGAGCACCAAUUGACCACCAACCCAUCCUCGCCAUGGCCAGCCCGUCCCGUGUCGACCAGCCGACGCCGGCGAUCACGUCGACGCCGACGCAGCUCGAAGAGAGUACGACGCCGUUCGUGGAAGACGACGACGAUGACGACGACGAAGACCUCGAAGGCGACGCCGAGAUCGAGCUCGGCUUUGUCAGCGACAUUGUGGCGGGCGAAGAGCACUUGGCCGGACCGUUUGUCAACUGGGACGGCGGCAAAGUCGGCGGCCAGCCCACGUGGCUGGACCCUACCGUGCAGCUCGAUGUGCCAUGCGUGUGCGAGAUCAACAUGAGCUUCCUUCUGCAGAUCUACUGCCCGUUGGACGCACCGGCAUCGGCGUUCCAUCGUAGCCUCUACGUCUUCUGCUGUCGCACUAAGGGCUGCCCCAAGCUUGGCCACGCCCGCGCGUUCCGCGUGCAGCUGCCCCGCGAGAACGCGUACUACUCGGACAAGGAAGACGAUGCGUGGCGCAAUCCGGUGGCACCUGUCAAGCGCUGCGUUAUCUGCGGCCUCAACGGCAAGUUUGCCUGCAGCGCGUGCCACAUUGCACAGUACUGCUCCAAGGCGCAUCAGAAAGACCACUGGAAGCACGGCCACAAGACCGACUGCGCCGCCUGCGCCCAGCAGCAAACGCUGGUCAUCUCGGACGCAGCGGCGAUGGACGACGACGGCAGCGCCUUUGUGUUUCCCCAAUAUGCGAUCCAUAUCGAACAAGAGCCCGAUCGCACGCUCGCUCAGAACGAGUCGGAGGCCAAGAUGAUGCACGCGUACGAGCAAGCCCACCUGCAACCCCGUGGCAGCGGCGACGAUGUGUUUACGGACGACUCGGAGAUCGACUUGUCGCAGAAGGACUUGGCGUCGAUGCUCGGAACGACGACGCAGGACAAGACGUACGUCGGGUUCCUCACGCGCGUCGCGCUCGCCAACGACCAAGUGCUGCGCUACUGCCGCUGGGACGACGAUGAGCCCGUGCUGUGGGUGCACUCGGAAGGCAAGGCGACUGACAUUCCGCGCUGCCGCGUCUGCAACGAGCGUCGACGCUUUGAGUUUCAAAUCAUGCCCCAGCUGCUCUACCACCUCAAGGUCUCGGGCGACCUCGACUCGCUCCAGAACGGCGCCGUUGACUUGGACUGGGGCACGCUCGCCGUGUACACGUGCCCCAACAGCUGCAGUCUCCACCAAGCAACGACCAACGCCGACGUUGUCGAAGAGUUUGUGUGGCGGCAGCCGCCGCACGAGCAGCACCAGGCGCCGCAGUAGUCCACGACGAGAUCGAUGGUACCUUUGAACCAGCAACG